UGGGCUAAUUUGCCGUUGUCUCUAAAACGUGGCGCAAACAAGCUAUAAAAUUCGUCUACAAAUGGCAACUAAGCCUGCAAGUUCGAAACCAAAGCCAAUGGAGUGGACAGAAGACCACGAUUUAUUGUUAAUGAGAGAAAUGAUGGUUAGUGAUCUUUUUCUUUACAAGAAGGGGAGUCCUAACAGAGGCGUAGUCUGGGAUUCCAUCGUUGAAAAUCUAAACCGAAUCGAAAACCCUGUAUUUGGAUUGAAAGAUAAAAGAAGUGUGCGGGACCGAUGGAACCUGUUAAAGACUAAACACAAAAAGAAAACCAGGGACGAGGAAGCUGCCAGUGGUAUUGAUGUCGAUGACCUUACUGAGAGAGAAAGUAUGAUCGAAGAGCUGUGUGCUAAAGAGGACAGUUUUGUUGAUGUCGACACAGCUCGUAAACAAAAAGAAAGAGAAAAUGCGGAAGACGUCAGAAUGAAGGCUUUAGAGCGUAUGGGAGAAACGAGGAAACGCGGCACGACUGAGGAUGAGGAUUCUAGACCAAAAAAAACACGUAGGGGAAGCAGCGAACUGAUCGAAUACCUUAAACAAAAAUCGAGCACAGACAGCGAACUUCGAGAACAACAGUUAGAAAUGAUGCGAAUGAUGCAAGAUCAACACAAAAAAAUGAUGGAAAGCCAAGCACUGGUGCUUCAGCAACAGCAGCAAAUGUCGAUGGCAUUUUUGUCAACAAUGCAAAAGUUUAUGGAGAAAUUGUAAGAAGCU